CUCAAUUCCCCUUCACACCGGGCGCCGGCCGACGGCCGCCGCUCGCUGGUUGCUGCCCCGGAGGCCGAUCGCCACCCCGGCCGCCAAUCUCCACACCGGGCGCUGCCGCCCGCUAGCCAAGCUCUGCAACCUUCUCUUCUAGUUCUCCGCCGCGUCGAUGCUCCCCGUGCCCGCGCGCGAGACCACGGGAAACCCUAGCCGCCUCCCCUGCCGGUCGCCGGCCAUCGCCGGUGGCUUCCAGCGUCUCCACCUUCCGUGUGGAUCACGUCAUGCUCACUUCCCCGACCGCGGCCCCGCGAUGGACGCCGCGGUGCCCGCGGCCUCGUCUCCGAACCCUAGCUUCUCCCCAAGCUAGGUGGCAGCAGCGGGGAGAUGGAGAAGGAGACCAUGACGCGCAGAUCGCGGCGGGACCACCCCCGCUCGUCGGCUGCAGGCCCUCCGGUGGCACUCCCCGACCCCGACAACGUCUUCUCCACCACCGUCGUCACCUCCCUACCUCCGUCGCGAUCACCGUUUUCACCCACUCCCAAGUGUAUGCAAUGGUCGGCGGCGCAAGGGUGGUGGUGCUUGGCGAAGAGAGGACGGAUGUCGGCCUUGCAGAAAGAAGUCCGUGUGGUGAACCGCUGGGUGUGGAGGACCUACCUGGAGCUGUGGAGCUCCAGCGUCCAGCUCGAAUCCAUUUUCCCCUUUGCCUUCACCAAACUCGACGACGUCGUCUUGCUGCACAACACCAAGGACCAGGUCCAUGGCUGGGUACGGAGGACCUACCUGGAGUACUCCGUAGGUGCCGCAGAUGUGUUGCCGAUGGUGGAGGCGGACCUGAAGCGGAGAUGAUUGCGCAUCAUCGGCAAGGCCAAGGACCUCUGCGGGCAGACCGGAAUCGCUGGAGCUCGUGUCGCGGCGGAGAGAUAGCUAGUACUCCUUCGAUCAGAACCACCGCAGACAAUCAGUGUAUGAUGCGGCUGCUGCCUUCGAUUUGGACGGCUGGAGCAUGGGGCAGCUGGAGGAUGGGGCCUGCGCCUGGAGCACCGGAGCAACAGGAGGGCGCUGCCUGCGAUUAGGAGCACCAGUGCCACCGUGACCUUUGACUUCUCCAACCAGCGUUGACGAUGAGAGAGAUGAGUCUUUCUCUGUGAUGUGUAUUGCCCAAUCUUGCUUAUCUGAAAAUUGCAUGUUCUUUGGUAUAUAUUUGCCACCAAUAAUAUCUGAGCCCAAACUUGCAUGUGCUUUUCAUUGUCUCGAAGCAUGCAUAUGUAUAGUUUAAUUCUAGCUGCUAAUCUCCAUGACUGAAAGCUUCACAUAAGUUAGCAAUGAACCUGCAGUACAUGAUGUAUUUGAAACUGUAACUUCGUUUUGCGGUAGAUAAUGUACAUGCAUGUUCUCCUUCAGGUAUAUGGACAUCGCCUUCUUCGGGUGGAGUGAAAUUCAAGUCUGGGAGCACCAUAUUGAUCCUGAGUGCUACUGCUUCUGCUAUUUGUUCAGGUACCGUAUAUUUUUUCAACAUAUGCUCUGAUGUCUGCUGCUGCUCUCAGCACCUGAGUCUGCUAGUAACAAAUUUAUCUGUGUUGGCUUAUCCAAUCUUAUAUUUUACUUCCCAAUUAUUAUCCUGGCACGCAUGAGCUUCUCAUGCACAACUGCACAAGGAACAUUGGAACAUGGGCGGGCACACAUGGUAUCAUGGGUAUUCAGCUGAAUACCCAUAUUUUUUGGCAUAAAAACUGAACCUGGCAAUAGAGUCACCAAUUCUAAUCUAUUUUGUAUAAAUAUCAUGCAUGUCAAGCCGUGAGCUCCCGUUGGUGUUGUUUGUUAGAGCAAGGCAUGGCAGCAGCAGCUCCUGGGAUCUAAUACUAGUACAUAAAUUCACUAACUAGGUUAUAUCUCUUUUUUAUUUUUUAUUUUGAAUACCCAUUAUCAAAUUUCUGGGCCCGCCACUGCAUUGGAAGCAUAUAGCUCAAGUUAAAUUGUUGGACAAAGCUGAUUCAUAAGGCAGUUGACAAUGCUGAAUGAUCCAACUUCCGUUAGUAUAAAAAGUGGUUUCUCUUUCAUACUGCAUUUUCUGAAUCUAGCUUAGAUUUUUGGUGAUGUUCUUUCGGAUAGGAGGUAAAAAAAAGUAGUCAUCUCUUUGAUUUGUGUAAGGUUUCGACAAGCAAGAACUCAUGUGUUACGGCAAAGCUGUUUAAUCGGGUAUUUGCUACGGUCCCGGAAGAUGUGAGAUGUCAUGAAGAACUUUUUGAGAAGAUGUCUUUGCUACAGCAGUUUCAGUUUAUACGUCCUGAAAACUUGGAUAUGAAAUCAGAAUAUCAGAAUGAAAUGUCAUGGCUGCUAGUUGAAAUUGUCGCACCCCGAUCACAUGCUAGUUUAAUCAACCGCACCGGCAGAAGAUAACUUUGACAUGGCUCUCCAAGGUGUUGCUUGAGACCCCCAACCUGAUUGCAAUUAUAGCGCACCGAGCUUCUCCUGUUCCAGCUUGAAGUGAUGUAGCACAUGGAAUUAUUUUGUUUUCUGCUUUAUAUCGUUCUACGGAAUACUGUGCUUUCAAUCCUGUACACUCAAACAUCUGAUUUUGAUGUUAAAUACUGUGAUGGUACUAGUAUUCCAGAUUAUUUACUAUGGUGAUUAUGUUUUGGUUC